AUGCCCGUCUCCAGCUUCUCCACGCCGGAAAAAUACACCUACCUCCAUGGUUUUGGCUCCUAUCACGAGUCGGAAGCCAUUGGCGGUGCCCUGCCUGUCGGACAGAACUCCCCGCAGAAGCCCCCGUACGGGCUCUACGCCGAAAAGCUCUCUGGUACUGCCUUCACGGCCCCCCGCCAUGAAAACCAGCAAACCUGGCUCUACCGCAUCCUGCCCUCGGCCUCCCAUGAGCCUUUUGUGGAGGUAGACUCCUCCACCUACCACACCAGCCUGGCCAAGGAUGCGCAUACUCUCAAACAGAUCCCGAACCAGCUUCGGUGGAACCCCUUCGAUUUCAGCGAGGAUGCGGACUGGGUGCACGGCCUGCACCUGGUUGCGGGCGCUGGAGACCCUGCGAUGAAGGCUGGUUUGGGAAUCCUGGUCUUCGCUGUGGGUAAGGAUAUGGGCAACGAAGCGUUUUAUUCCGCUGAUGGAGACUUCCUGAUUGUGCCGCAACAUGGGGUUCUUGAUAUCCAGACCGAGCUUGGGAAAAUCCUUGUGCGCCCCAAUGAGAUUUGCGUCAUCCCCCGCGGGAUUAGAUACCGCGUCACCCUCCCAGCCGGCCCCGUCCGCGGCUAUGUCUGCGAGCUGUACCAAGGACACUACCAACUCCCUGAACUUGGCCCCAUCGGCUCCAACUGUCUCGCCAACGCCCGCGACUUCCAAGCGCCAACCGCUUCCUUCAUCGACAGCGAGGCGGAAGAGGGCACAAACACCCAAUGGCACCUCCUCAGCAAAUUCAACAACACUCUCUUCUCUGCCCGGCAGGACCACACUCCUUUCGAUGUCGUUGCCUGGCACGGCAACUACUACCCAUACAAAUACGACCUGGGUCGCUUCAACACUAUAGGCUCCAUCUCCUUCGACCACCCAGACCCGUCGAUCUUCACUGUCCUCACGGGCCCCUCAGACCAUGUAGGUACGGCCAUUGCGGACUUUGUUAUCUUCCCCCCACGCUGGCUGGUGGCAGAGGACACCUUCCGCCCGCCCUGGUACCACCGCAACACCAUGUCAGAGUUCAUGGGCCUGAUCUCAGGUGACUACGAUGCGAAAAUUGGGGGUGGGUUCCGACCAGCUGGGGCGAGUUUGCACAAUGUGAUGAGUGCGCAUGGCCCGGAUGCGGAGACGCAUCGGGCCGCGAGUCAGGCGGGGUUGGCCCCUAAGAAAGUCGGGGAGGGAAGCCUGGCGUUUAUGUUUGAGAGUUCGCUGAUGGUCGGUGUGUCGGAGUGGGGGCUAAAGACCUGCCAGAAGGUGCAAGGGGAUUAUAACGACGAGAGUUGGAGACCGCUGAAGAGGAAUUUCGAGAAUCCGAACAAGAUGAGGUAGGGUAGGCAGCUGGUUGCUUAUAGUAGUAGGAGUAGUUCAUUGAUGAGAAGUUGUAUGAAAUGCUGAGCCGAGAGUAAGUUGAGCUGGGCGAGGAAUUUUCCAAGGAUUUCGAAACUUCGGUUUCUCCACGCUCUAUUAUGCAGUAGUUAACUAUUUAGUAAUAAAUCAGGCUGUAUGUUCUCUAUUGUUACGCUUCUUUCUGAUAGCUACGGGGAUGGUUUGCAGUAAGUACUGUAUAUUUACCACCCUCUAUGAGCAGCUGCUCUACACAUCAUUCACCCACACAUAAAUACACUCCUCUCACAAGGACUCAACCAACCUCGAAAACAGACCCACUCACCAAAUAACCAAACACCCUGCUAUAAGAUAAGACGCACAUCAAGAAAAACCCACCCCCAACCCCGCUCGCUACACUCUACACUCUACACCACAAACCCCCCAACACCCCCAUCCCUGCCGCCGUCGCCGUCCCCGUCCCAUUGACCCUCCCCAACUGCACCGAUCAUCUCCUUCCUCAUCGCCUCCUUAACGAUCGCCCCACACAUCUUCGCGUACGGAUUGGUCUUGAUCGCCAGCUGGCGCGCGAUGUCGUUCCCAUAGCGCCCGCCCAGCUGGAAAUCCAUGCUGGCCAUCUCUUCGAGUUGCUGCGCGGAUUUGUGCUGCAGGUGGCGCGGGAGAGUCAGUGGUGCGGUUGCGGUGUUGGGUGGAGAUGUGGUGGAUGUGGAGAGGGCUCGUGAAGCGCGGUAGAGGAUGUAGGCGCGGUGGGUGUGGGCGUUCGCGAUGAUGCGGGCGUGCAGCGGGGAGAGGCUGGUUGGUUGGUGCUGUGAUUGUUGUGAUGGUGCGGAGGAAGAUGCGGAGGACGAGUUGGAGACGGGAGAUGGGGUGAGGAG